GUCCAUGGAAAUUGGAAAGAUUUCAUCUUUAUGAACAAAACCCAAUAUUACUUUCUUAUAUUGUGUUUCUUCUUUUUAGUUAUUAUUGCUGUGGGGUAAUAUCUUAUGUUAUUACUAACAAACUAGGCUUCUUCUGCAACAUUCUGAAUCUCUUAUAUCAUUUGGAUUCAGUUCCUUUGAUGCAAUGGGAGUGUUUGAGAACUCCACACUCUCUCUGUGGUGUCAUAGCAAUCAGCACUGCUUGCAAUUGGCCAAAGAACAUAUGGGAAGUGUGAGGGAGACAGCUUCGUUCUUGUUGGGUUUAAUCAGUGUCAUUGUUUGGGUUGUUGCUGAGAUACCUCAAAUACUCACAAACUAUAGAACAAAGUCUGCUGAGGGUCUCUCUGUCACUUUCUUGAUCACAUGGAUAAUUGGAGAUCUAUUCAACCUCUCUGGAUGCCUGCUGGAACCUGCAACUCUUCCUACUCAAUUAUACAUGGCAAUGCUCUAUACCAUUAUAACAAUUGCACUUGGUGCACAAACCAUUUACUAUGGACACAUAUAUCCUCAACUAAAAUACAAGAGGCAGCUCAAGAUUGAGACAUUCACAAAAGUUGGACACGUGGAAAAAGCCAGUGAUGCUGAACAGAGUAUUCAAGUUGACGGUUCAAAUAGAAGCACCGAUCUGAGUUCUCCUAUUCCUCUUCCAGCACGUCCUCAAAGAAUUUCUACUGGAAGAGAAUUAUUCUACCAGUCAGCAAGAUAUUUGUCAAAGAGUAAUACUCCAACAGCGGGAUCCAUCUUAGCACAGAAACCUCCUACUUUAGAUUCUAUACAAGAGAGCUUGCUUGGUUCAACCAUUGCAACACAAUCUGCACCAGCUUUAAAGAUGAAGAAUACUCUUUGUUUGGUUUCAACAUUAACUUUUCUUGGUGCUAUCAAUCUACUUCAACCACUAGAUGAAAGAAUUAAUUCUAUGGCCUCAAACCCAAGACAACAAUUUGUGAUUUAUGUUGGACGAAAGCUUUUUCAGCAAUUGCAGGUUAGUGAUGAUCAGCUGCCAAAAACUGAUGUUUCUGGAAGCAUAGGGACCUUCUUUGGUUGGGCAAUGACAUUUAUAUAUUUGGGUGGAAGACUGCCUCAAAUUUGUUUAAAUAUCAGAAGAGGUCAUGUUGAGGGACUCAAUCCUUUGAUGUUCCUGUUUGCUGUAAUUGGGAAUGCCACUUAUGUAGCGAGUAUACUUGUGAUCAGCUUGGAUUGGUCAAAAAUCAGACCGAAUUUGCCAUGGCUAGUAGAUGCUGGAGGGUGUGUCCUUCUUGAUUUUUUUAUUUUAAUGCAGUUUAUAUAUUUUCGCUGUUGGACCUCCCAAGCCCUGUAGAGCAAUUACAAGCAUCAAUUGUUGCCUAUUGAGGAAGAAACAAGGAUAUUCAGCUUCAAAUCAGAGUUGGAUUAUUUCAUGAAGAAGAUAUAAAUGUUCAUUGCAGUCUUGCAACCUCCACCAAGUUGACCUAGAAAUGUGACCACGAAGCUGAAUUGGUAUAAUCAUUGGCCUGGUGACCAGAAAAGGAAAAGAAAGCGAUUCUGUUUAUUUGAUAGGCCAACAAUUUUGAAUACCUUUUCUAUUUGCUGUUAAUUUUUAUCCAUGAGAAUUUUGGCCAGACAUUAUUAGAACCAUUUCAUUUUUACUUGAGGUGCCCUUUAUAAAGACAUUUUACACACUAAGUUUCCUAUCAAUCUUCAAUCAGAAUUCAGAACUUGUGCAUUUUGUUUACCUAAAUCAAUAGAUAUCCAACGGAAAUGAUGAAAAAUGUUUUAUUUAUGAA